AAGGUACAUUUACAUUCAAUUCAAAGUCGAAUUUCUCUUGAUAUGUGACAGCUUGUCAAAUGUGGUGGCCAUACUACCAUUUACAUAAGCGGAAAUUUGAAGCGCACUUCGAAGUGCACUUUGAAGUGGCGCAAGCACGCUUGAAGAAUUCAAGCAGAACGUUAAAUUUAUAGGUUAGUGUUCUUUUUUGACAAUAUUUUUUGAUUGUUUACAUUGUUAUCCAUAUCCAUAAUCACGUUUUAAUUAAAGUUCUGCAACUAGGAGAUUGUUUUCGUAGCUGGCACAAUAGUAUUGAUACUUUGACUUCCAAUAUGAAUUGUAUUGAGAGUGAAUCCGAGGUGGUGAUAGAAAUACCUGAGUUUAAUGAAGAAUUAUUUCUAAAAUGCAUUUGCAACUACCCUGCGAUUUACAACCCAAGCAGCAAGGCAUAUAGUAACAGAAUGUUAAAAGAAACGGCUUAUGAAAAUAUUGCCCGUACCAUGCUAACAACUGUCGACAUUUGUAAAAGAAAGUGGAAAUCACUUAAGGAGAAAUACAAUCGGGAAAAACAUAAAUUAGAAAUGAUGUCUAGAAGUGGUGCUCCUGCAUUCCAAACCAAUAAAUGGCAAUUUAUGUCAUUCUUUGAAUAUAUGUAUGAUGAUGUGACACCAAGGAGUACGCAGUCCAGUUCAUUGAGCGAUACAGGUAGAAGUAGUAUUGAACUUGAAGAAGCUGCGGAUGUGACACUUGUGCCAUCUAAUGAAAUGAGUUCAUCUGUAUUGCCAUCAACUUCAGCUUGCAGUACACCCCCUCGACGAACACAGAAGCGGAAAAUUACCCAAGAUAAUGGAAAAGAUCCUGUAAUUGAAAUACUUUCCAAAGUUAGCAAUUCAAUUGAGAAGGUGAGCAACAGUGCAGUAGCCAAUGAUAAAUUCACAGAUUUUGCACGGUAUUUGUGUGCAGAACUUCGAGAGUGGCCAUAUGAUAAAGCGAAUGAAUUUAUGGAUGAAACAUUAAUUAGAUUAUUACAAACAAAAAGAAAAAUUGUGUAAAUGUAAAUUCACAAGUUAUUUUUAUAUUCCUAAAAUCCUAUUUAAAUGUGAAUUUCAAAAUAAAUUUUAUUUUCUAUGUACUACAUUA